AUGAAUGCCGCAGGACUGCGCUUCUGGUUGGGAGGCAACACCAUCUCGUACUGCCCGGAACAAGUUGAGGCUCAGGGUGCAUGCCCUCCUGGCAACACCACCGUCCUUUCACUCUGCAGCAUGGGCGUUCUUGCUCCCGGCGGCCAGCAAAUCUAUGUCACCCAAAGAGGCGAGCUUGGCUACACUCAGGCUCAUAGCGUAUCGAUGCCACCUGGAGCAAUUUCAUGUCCUUUCACUUAUACAAAGGCACCCGGAGCAUACAUUGGACGUCUUUUGAUGUCCAUCGGAGCUCCUUUUGGAAUCACAGGUUUCAUGGCUUGUCCCACGCGAAGCCGAGGCAUCUACCAAGUGUUCGGCAACCUGAAGAAUGCAACGGUUCCGCUGGGCAACGUGUCUCAGUGUAUUGGAUUCGACCCUCUUGCGGCGGACGCUCCUGGUCUCGGUGCAUGGCAAUACAGUUGA